AACACGACGACGCCGGAUGCUCAUCGAUCAGUGUUUGCGGAUACUACCGUCUAAUCAUGGAUUUCGUUGUACCUUCUUGGCUAGUCUACUCAUCUAUUGCUCUCUUGAUAAUCAUUAUCAGCUUAGCUAAGGUUCUAGCAGAAGCUGUUGUACUUUGGAUGGUGGCAAUGGGAGGAACGAAGAAUCAAAGAUCUAUGAAAAGAAAUCUUCGAAUUCAUUCUUAUGUGUGCCAAACACAUCUACUAGAUGCAGUGUCUACUACUGAGUUGUUCUCGCUUUGCAAAGACAUGCUGUCAGUAAAAGAAAGCAGUAGCAUGUCCGUGGAGACAUUUCAUAAAUAUCUUCUGAAAUACAGUCACGUGGCAAUUUUUCGUGAUCGUCUGGAUGGCUCUCUUCGUGGCAUGUUUAUGAUUGAUUAUAAGACCAGCCUUUCCAUAGAUGGUCGUUCCUACAAUUGUAUCAAUCUGGGAAUGACAUGGUUUCGAAGCAACUAUCGAGGUGGUCCUCUCAUGUAUGCUGUUCUUGGCUUUCAUUUCUUAUAUGCUCUGUUCAGAUAUCCUUUUACUCCCUUGAUUGCUGUUGGGAAAGUGUAUAGUGCUAAGUUGUACACGGCUACUGCAAGAUCAAUGAAACAGGUUUAUCCUCGACAUGAUGUUGAAACUCCACAUUGGAUAAAGCGAGUUAUGGAUCAUCAUGGAAAAAUGCUAACAGAAGGUGACAAUGGUGAAUAUGACCCAUCGACUGGCGUGAUCAAACAAGAAAGAAGCAUGCUGCAGGAUCAUGCAAGUGCUGAUGCUGGUGGGCACAUUAUGGAUAAUCCUCAUGCCAAAUAUUUCUGCGAAGUUAACCCAGACUGGAAAAAGGGUCACUGUUUAUUGAUUUUGGCUCCAGUCACAUGGGGAACUUUAUUCUCAUUGUUUGUAUCAUCUGUGAAAAGAUUCGUACAGCUUAAGAGAGGUUCAAUCAGACAGUUACAUAAUCGUAUCUCUUCAAAGCAAUUGCUGACUCGGUUUGCUUCAUCACAUGAUCUUCACAUGAGAAGGCUGAAUGCAGUGGCACGGCAGCACAGUUUACUAGAGAAUAUGGACCAAUUGGAUGAAGAAGAAGAAGAAAGUGAAGCAACAGAAAAAACAGAAACAAAACAUGUUUACAAGGGUAAUGACAAACAGUGGAAUGGCAAGCAUGUAGAUCAAAGUCAGGAACAUAAUGAACUGAUGGAUGGAAAACAGAUACAAAAGCAAAAGUUGUUGGAAAGACAGUCAACUAUCGUAAAUUCUAAUGAUGAAGGACAGCUGAAUGCAGCUGAAGUGUGGAAGUUUCACCCACAUGGAGCAAGAUACCUUGUGUAUCGGUCUCCCAGUGAAAUAUCAUUUGAUACUGUGGAUGUUAGCUCUCACAUUUAACUGACUAUAUAUUAAUUAAUUGUGUGCUGAUGCAUGCGGUGAAGAGACUGGCUCGAGUCUUAUCUAGUUUGCUCAUUUUUCUGUUUGAUAUCAUUGGGUGUAAAUAUCUUCGUAGUUUUAUUGUCAGUUUAUUGAUUUUUGUGUUUGUUUA